GAACGAGGUGAAAAAUGUAUUUGCCGAAAGUUGAAAGGUAGAGACGAAGAAAGAAACGAAUGGCGAUAUCGUCGUGGCAUAUACCGAUAAUGAAAUUAUUUCAUCACGAUUCAUAAAUCACGUUGUACGACGCGCGGCAGAAUAUGCCACCGAGAAUCGGGGAUAUUAAUCGGAAUUACAAAACCAGAUGUUUUGUACGGUCUUUCGAAUAAAAUUCAAUUCCUACGCGACGCCGGGGCGUAAAUGAUUAAUUAACGUGCACCGGAUACGAAUAAAGGGUUUAAAGAAGUCUAAAAGGAGGUACGCAGUCUCUGGUUUUACGUUCAUUCGCGGAUCACGAGCCACCGAGCAGGACGUUACGAAAGAAGGACGACCAGUUUUCGGUACCCGAUGGCAAGCAGUUUACUUUCGGUUUCGGUUUCGGUUUCGCUGAUGAGAAAACGUUCCGCGGGACAGGGAAAGAGACAGAAAAAGUGGGCGGAGAUUUGUACGAGGCAAUAAUUGAGUGUCCCGUAUGAUGGAACGUAAUUGUUUCGGCGUGACCGUAAACGUUUCUCUGGCUGUUACUUGUUCUUCGGGACACUGAUUUAUGCCACAGGCGGAUGCUCCCAUACUUACGUGUAGAAAGAACUACCCGAAUGGUAUCAGCAGCGGCAUUUACGCGAAAUAAAUAAAAGAAGAUCGCUCCUUAUCGCGCGUGAAACAAAGCGUGAAACAAAGCGUGAAACAAAGCGUGAAACAAAGCUUAGAAGCGGCAACAGCGAGAAAAUGUGAUAGCGCGGAGUCACAGGUUUAGGGUGUACCCAAGUUGCGUAAGAUCUUCAUCUUGAUUGAGAGCACGGGUUAAAAAUGUCGAUUCUCGAUUCACGCGCGACCUUCGUAUGCCCACAUAAUAGAUGUUGAGCAAGGCUUUUAAAAAAUGGUUAUCUCGCGGACCGCCGCGUUAAGAACCUCGGAGAAGCUGCGAACCCGCAAUGCAGCUCCAAGUCCUCUUCGUAACGGUGGCCGCGGCGCUGCUCCAAAGCGGUCACGGCAGUUUCGUGUCCAUCAGGAUGCCGUAUCUGAAUCCAGCGGGAGUCACGUACAUAAAUAACGUUCAACCCGAGGCACACGUUGCCUACGGUGUUCCAGCUGACGUCGAGGCCCAGCACAUCGGGUAUGCCGCCGCCCAGGUCCCAGCAGUUGCCGCCGUGCCUUACGUCAAACACGUGCCCACCGUCUCUCAUGUGCCGGUCACCAAAUUCGAAGCUCAGCCGGCCAUCGUCGAGAAACAGUUGGACGUCGUGAAACCGGCUGUUUCCACUCGCAAGUUCGAAGUACGCCGGCCAGCGAUUCAGAAACAGUUCUUCGACAUCGAAGAGCGCGUCGUCGUUCGCCCCGCUGGCUCAGCGGUGGUCGAGCUCGAUCAACCAACCUCGAAGACUCAAAAAGGACCAGCGGUGAUCCAACCGUUCUAUCAUCAUUUCGAGGCAUCUCCGGUCGCUCCAACCCUCCCGUCUCCAGCGAUUUCCGCCAGCCCAGCUACCUCCAGCGACGACGAGAACGUUGUCGUGGAGAACCCAGAUUUCCGCAAAGUCGGUCCCCAAGUCCAGACCGGAGCAUCUCCGGCGCAGACGAGGAACAGCUUCAACGGGGCUCAAGCAUCGGAAGAACCCUUCGUCGCCCACGAUCCGUCGCCGAACGUCCUCGUCAGCCCGCAGUCGUCGCCUGAGGAGGACAAGCAAAAUCAGAACAGACUGAUCGAGCUGCUGACUGCUCGCGGCAACGUCGCCGAGGUCGGAUUCGGCCGGUUCGGAGUCUCUCAAUCGUCGGUCGGUGACUCUGGACAGGUCAGAGGCCGAGUGAUCUCCGCCACCCCGGCUCCGGAUUCCGCGGAACCAGCUGACGAACGCGUCUCGACGCGACGCGUCGUGCUCAGCAGGCCGAUCGAGACCCUCCAAGAAGUGAACGUCGUCGAACCAGCUACGAAGAUCGAACGCGUGUCCGUGCACCAGCCUACCUUCAUAAAAACGGCCCGUCUCGAUCAUGUUCAGGUUCACGGUUCCGUCCCAGUCGUUGGAAAGGCCCUUGCACCAACGAUCGCCCAUGCCGCCGUUCCGGUUUACCAAAAAACCAACUUACCGGUUUACCAAUACUACCAUUGAAUCGCUCAUUGAAUCGUAAUGUCACGAGUUUACCACGGAACGAGAUGAGUUACUCCUGACCGAAGGAGAGACGUAGCGCACUCCCUAUUUCCGUAUUCGUAUGCUCGAAAAUGUUUAUGAAAUAAAAAUGUACGAAAAGAA